UUUGACCCGGACUCAUAACAACACCUGGAACUGGCUAAUGGGUUAGCUCUAACUAGCUACGUGAUUCAGCUUGCUACUUUUGUUUAUUAUUCGCGGUUACCGUUAGUUUAUGGCUGCAGAAGAUGAUGGUAGCUGGACAGAAGUUGUAGAUACAAGAUGAAGACGGUUAAUCUGCGUUCAGGCUGAAGUUUGUUAACAAUCUUUAGCCGUAGGGACGUUGACUGGUCGUUAGCCUGCUAAAGCUAUCACAACAACAACAACAACGAUCCAGCAACAGCUGACUGUGUUGAGGUGUGAUGGGGAAUCAGCUGGCGGGGAUCGCCCCCUCCCAGAUCCUCUCUGUGGACAGCUACUUCUCAGACAUCCAUGACCAUGAGUAUGAUAAGAGUCUGGGCAGCACUCGUUUCUUCAAGGUGGCCCGGGCCAAACACCGGGAGGGCCUGGUGGUGGUCAAAGUCUUUGCCAUCCAGGACCCCUCGCUGCCAUUGACCAGCUACAAACAGGAGCUGGAGGAGCUGAAGAUUCGGCUGCACUCCUGCCAGAACUGUCUGCCCUUCCAGAAAACCUCCCUGAUAGAAAAAGCUGCCAUCCUGUUUCGUCAGUACGUCCGGGACAACCUGUACGACCGCAUCAGCACCAGGCCCUUCCUCAACAACGUGGAGAAGCGCUGGCUGGCCUUCCAGAUCCUCAACGCUGUUGACCAGGCACACAAAGCCGGUGUGCGCCACGGAGACAUCAAGACAGAGAACGUGAUGGUGACCAGCUGGAACUGGGUGCUGCUCACUGACUUUGCCAGCUUCAAACCCACAUACCUCCCGGAGGACAACCCCGCUGACUUCAACUACUUCUUCGACACAUCCAGGCGGAGGACAUGCUACAUUGCACCAGAGAGAUUUGUGGAUGGAAGUAUGUUUACCACAGAGAGCGACCAGAAUACACCGCUGGUGGACCUUACAAACAACAACCAGAGAAGCAGAGGGGAGCUCAAACAGGCCAUGGACAUCUUCUCCGCAGGCUGUGUGAUAGCAGAGCUGUUCACUGAGGGCGUCCCGCUCUUUGAUCUGUCCCAGCUGCUGGCGUAUCGUAAAGGGCACUUCCAGCCGGAGCAGGUCCUUGUGAAGAUCGAAGACCGGAGCAUCCGGGAGCUGGUUGCCCAGAUGGUGCAGCGGGAGCCAGAGAAGCGUCUAACGGCGGAGGAGUAUUUGAAGCAGCAGAGAGGGAAAGCCUUCCCUGAUAUCUUCUACACGUUCCUGCAGCCGUACAUGGCUCAGUUUGCCAAAGAGAUCUUCCAGUCUGCUGAUGAACGUGUGCUGGUCAUCCGCAAAGACCUUGACAACAUCCUGCACAAUCUGCGAGGAGGCUCCUCCUCUUCCUCUCCAUCCCAGGACAGCAGUGAAGGCGUGCUGAGCUCCCGGGAGGAGCAGGGCCUGAUCGUCCUGGUGUCCGUCAUCACCUCCUGCCUGCAGACGCUGCAUUCCUGUGACUCUAAGCUGGCGGCGCUUGAGCUCAUCCUCCACCUGGCUCCGCGGCUUGGUGUCGACAUCCUGCUGGACCGCAUCACACCAUAUCUGCUACACUUCUGCAAUGACCCCAUGCCUCGUGUGCGCGCUCAGGCUGUGCACACUCUGGCCAGAGUGCUAGCGCUGGUGAAGGAGGUGCCGAGGAACGAUGUCAAUAUCUAUCCCGAGUACAUCCUGCCGGGCAUCGCCCAUCUCGCCCAGGACGACGCCACCAUCGUCAGGCUGGCGUACGCAGAGAACAUAGCCCACCUGGCAGAGAGCGCGCUGCGUUUCUUGGAGCUGGUUCAGGAGAACAACGUGAACACAGAGCAGGACCUGAAUGGUGAGGACACAGAGGAAACGCUGCACCCCAACGAAAACUACGACUCAGAGCUGCAGGCGCUGCAUGAGAUGGUACAGCAGAAGGUGGUGACGCUGCUGAGCGACUCGGAGAACAUCGUCAAACAGUCGCUGAUGGAGAACGGCAUCACGCGCCUCUGCGUCUUCUUCGGUCGACAGAAAGCCAACGACGUUCUGCUGUCUCACAUGAUCACCUUCCUCAAUGACAAGAACGACUGGCACCUGCGAGGAGCCUUCUUCGACAGCAUCGUGGGUGUGGCGGCGUAUGUGGGCUGGCAGAGCUCCUCCAUCCUGAAGCCUCUCCUGCAGCAGGGUCUGAGCGACACCGAGGAGUUUGUCAUCUAUAAAGCUCUUAAUGCACUGACCUGCAUGUGUCAGCUGGGCCUGCUGCAGAAACCUCACAUCUACGAGUUUGUCAGUGAUAUCGCUCCGUUCCUGUGUCACCCCAACCUGUGGAUCCGUUAUGGGGCGGUGGGUUUCAUCACUGUGGUUGCACAGCACCUCAAUGUGGCCGAUGUCUACUGCAAACUGAUGCCUCACCUCAACCCCUUCAUCUCCCAGCCCAUCAUCCAGAUCGAUAAGGAGCUGGUCCUGCUGAGUGUUCUGAAGGACCCGGUGAAUCGCCCCAUCUUCGACUACACCCUGCGCUCCAAGGACAUCGCCAGCCUCUUCCGACACCUGCUGCUGCGGCAAAAGAAGCGAGCGGGUUCAAUCCCAGAAUGCCCCACUCCUGAGGACCCAGCCAUUGCUCAGCUGCUCAAAAAGCUGAUUUCACAGGGGUUGAAGGAGGCGGAGGAGGACAAGCUGCUGGCGCUCAAAGACUUCAUGCUGAAAUCUAACAAGGCCAAAGCCAACAUGGGUGAGCAGAGCCACCUGGGAGAGGCGGCUCAGACCGGCGUCAUCGACCUGGCCAUGCUUGGCAUCACUGGCCGCCAAGUCGACCUAGUCAAACCCAAGGCAGAGGCUGAAGACAAGAGAGAACCCGUCACUGCAGCAUCUGCGAGGAAGCACACGAAGCAGGACUCGACCAUGAAUGAGGAGUGGAAGAGCAUGUUUGGAUCUCAGGACCCGCCCUCCACUCAGCCCACCACGACUACUGACGGGCCAACGAGUCAGAUCAGGAAGAGCACUGUGACCCCGGCCGUGCCCGUGUUGCAGUCAGUGGCGAGCGGCCCCACCUACCAGCGCCGCAUCAACACCUGCAAGACGGAGCUGCAGCAGCUGGUGCAGCAGAAGAGGGAGCAGUGCAGUGCCGAGCGUAUGGCCAAACAGAUGAUGGAGAGUGCCGAGUGGGAGAGUCGACCUCCUCCACCUGGGUGGCACCCCAAGGGGCUGCUGGUCGCUCACCUCCACGAACACAAAGCUGCUGUGAACCGAAUCAGAGUCUCAGAUGAGCACUCCAUCUUUGCCACAGCGUCCAACGAUGGCACCGUCAAGGUCUGGGACAGUCAGAAGAUGGAGGGCAAGACCACGACCACCAGAUCGGUGUUGACCUACUCUCGUAUCGGUGGUCAUGUGAAGACGCUGACCUUCUGUCAGGGGUCACAUUACCUAGCUGUGGCCUCAGACAAUGGAGCCAUCCAGCUGCUGGCAGUUGAAGCCAGUAAACCACCUAAAUCCCCCAAAGUUCAGCCCUUCCAGAGCAGGUCUCUGGACCUGCAGGACGAUGGCUGUGCGGUCGACAUCCACCAUUUUAACUCGGGCGCUCACUCGGUGCUGGCAUAUGCCACCGUCAAUGGCUCUCUGGUCGGCUGGGACCUUCGCUCCAACUCCAACGCCUGGACACUCCGCCACGACCUCCGCCUCGGACUCAUCACCUCCUUCACCGUCGACAUGCACCAGUGCUGGCUCUGUCUAGGUACGAGCAGCGGCACCAUGGCUUGCUGGGAUAUGAGGUUCCAGCUCCCCAUCUCAAACCACUCCCACCCCACUCGAGCACGAAUCAGACGGCUGCUCAUGCAUCCACUCUACCAGUCAUCUGUCAUCACAGCUGUCCAGGGGAAUAAUGAAGUGUCGAUCUGGGACAUGGAGACUGGUGACCGUAAAUUAACCCUGUGGGCGAGCACUGCGCCUCCUCUUUCCGAGAUGGAGCCGUCUCCUCACAGUGUUCAUGGGAUCUACUGCAGUCCUGCGGAUGGGAACCCCCUGCUGCUGACAGCCGGCUCCGACAUGAGGAUCAGGUUCUGGGACCUGGCGUAUUCAGACAGAUCAUACAUCGUAGCAGGAGGAGCAAAUGACUUCCUGCACUGCCCAUCUGUGCUCUACAGCAGGAAGAUCAUUGAAGGAACAGAAGUCAUACAGGAAAUCCACAGCAAACAGAAGACCGGCGUGGUGGAGGACUCACCACGCCGCGGCCCGGAAUCACUCCCUGUGGGACACCACGACAUCAUCACUGACAUCGCCACCUUUCAAACCACACAGGGCUUCAUCGUCACCUCGUCCAGAGACGGCAUUGUCAAAGUGUGGAAAUGAAGAUGACAAAAUGGCACACCAACAGUACACACAGGCAGGGUGUGUUUUAUAAACACUCCAUGGUAUAGUUUCAGCAGCUGCAGGAGAGACAUUUGGUUUCUCAUACGAGAUGGAAGUUUAACCCCUGAAUGUAGCUGCCUCCAUUUGCUUGUUACAUGUGGAUCAGUUCAUUUCUGCACAGCCUGGCAGGAGUCACAGAGGGAACAGUCCUGCUUCACACGACUAAUUUGUGCACUUAAUAUACUUAUUUUGAAGUACAGUAUAAGGAUGUAAAAGUUGGGUGACCUUUGAUCUUUGUCGUGUUCAACAGUCGCGACAUGAAGCGUGCCCACGCAGAGCAUUUCAAAAUCCAACGUGAUGACGUGAUGCAGUCUGAGAGGAGGAGACUGUAAGGGAAGUUGUCUUAGGAUACAGAUGACUGAUUAAAGGAAUUCCAUAAGGAUGCUGAGUACACAGUUUAGUCAUCAGAGAGAAUGAGUUUAUUAUCCUCCACCAGGUUUUUCUGGAUGAGGUUCAAGGGUAGAACUGGGUUUAAAUCCACUCCUUACUGGACAUAUCACCUGAACCAGUGAGAGUAAUGAUCACAGGAUUAGUUUGACAUAUGGUAGCCAUGAGAGCUUUACAUAUUAAAUACAACCAUGUUUGUUCCUGUGCUGUGGUUUUGUAGCAGACCUAAAUUGUAUAUUGGCAGCGGAGCCAAAACUAAAGUCCACAGUGUUCAGUUCAGUCUACAAUAGUAAUGGUUGUGUACAUAAAUUAUUUAAAAUCUGAGUAAUAAAGUGUAAUUUGAAGCUUGUAUAAAAUGUUGUAUGAUAGAUUUUGUUGCUGCAGAAAUGUCACUAGCGACAGAUGAACCACCUGGCCUGACGUUCAAUUUGUCCUCCUGCUAAAUAAAAUCUGGUCAUUAAU